GCGCGUCGCCCCCGCCCCGGUGUUGUUGUCUCGGCGCGGCCGGGGCCGGUGGCUCUCGCGAGAUCGGCGUUGGCGCCGUGACCUCCAUGUGAGAGCGGCGGCGCCUGGUAAACAGUGCCCGGGGCCGGGCUGCGGGCGGCGGCUGUUCCCGAGGCGGCGGGGCCGCUGUGACCGGGUAGGCUGCUGUGUUCCGCGGCGUUUGCAAUCCGUGCCCGGACAAAGGCGCGGGGGGCGCUUCCCUCCGCCGGGAGCGGAGCCCGUGCCUGUUUCCCGGGGAGGGGGCGCGCGCCAUGUGGAUCCAGGUUCGCACCAUCGACGGCACCGAGACACAAACCAUCGACGACCUGAGCCGCCUGACCAAGAUCGAGUGCCUGCGCGAGAAGAUCCGCGAGACCUUCCGCGUCAGCCCCGACCGGCAGCGCCUCUUCUACCGGGGCAAGCAGCUAGAAGAUGGACACACUUUAUUUGACUACAAUGUUGGACUGAAUGACAUAGUACAACUUUUGAUUCGUUCUGAAUCUGAAGCUCCUACCACUGCUUCUGUGGCAGAUCAGGAUGGAGAAGUCAAUCCCUGUGCUGCUUCCAUCUGCAAGAACAAAGUGAAAAGAACAAAUAGUGGAUCACCCAGUCAGCCGUCUACAUCAUCUCGUUCGUUUCUUAUUGAUCCUGGCAUUGGAUUGUACAAGAUAAAUGAAUUGGUGGAUGCCCGUGAUGUCAGCAUUGGAGCCUGGUUUGAAGCUCAUAUAGAAAAUGUUACCCGAGUGACAAAAGGACAUAAGAAUGGUAAAGCUCAAGGAAAGAGUAAUAACAGUCACAAAAGGACUAAUGGAAACUUAAGUCAAGAUCAUUCUAGAGCAAAUGCAAAUAAUUUGGACAGUGCACCAUCCACAUCUUAUUCAGACUGUAUGGACACUGAUGAAGAAGCUAUUUAUCAUAUCAAGUAUGAUGAGUACCCAGAAAAUGGCAUAAUAGAAAUGGACACAAUUAAUCUUCGACCACGAGCAAGGACCAUUCUGAAGUGGAGUGAACUGAAAGUGGGUGAUGUGGUGAUGGUUAACUACAAUGUUGAGACUCCAGAAGAAAGAGGAUUUUGGUUUGAUGCAGAAAUUACCUCUUUGAGAGAAAUCUCAAGGACUAACAAAGAGGUUCAUGCUAAAAUUCUGCUGGGAGGCCCAGAAGACACAAUAAAUGAUUGUAAAAUCCUUUUUAUAGAGGAAAUGUACAAGAUUGAAAAACCAGGAGCUUAUCCUUUGACAUUUGGGGAUGGAGAUUUCAAAAGAAAAAGUGGUCCUGAAUGCAAGCACUGCAGGGCUGAUCCAGAUAAGGAGUGCCGUUUUUGUUCGUGUUAUUUGUGUGGUGGAAAACAGGAUGCUCACAUGCAACUUCUGUGUGAUGAAUGUAAUAUGGCUUAUCAUAUAUACUGCUUGAACCCUCCCUUAAGCAAGAUACCAGAAGAUGAGGACUGGUAUUGUCCUUCCUGCAAAAAUGAUUCUAAUGAAGUUGUAAAGGCUGGAGAAAAGCUCAAACAGAGUAAAAAGAAAGCAAAGAUGCCAUCUGCCAGUACUGAAAGCCAGAGAGACUGGGGCAAGGGCAUGGCCUGCGUUGGUCGCACUAAGGAAUGCACUAUUGUUCCUUCAAAUCACUAUGGACCUAUACCUGGCGUUCCUGUUGGGACAACCUGGAAAUUCAGAGUACAGGUGAGUGAAGCAGGUGUUCACAGACCACAUGUGGGUGGAAUCCAUGGACGCAGUAAUGAUGGAGCUUAUUCGCUUGUAUUAGCUGGAGGAUUUGAAGAUGAAGUGGAUCGAGGAGAUGAAUUCACUUACACUGGGAGUGGAGGUAGAGAUCUUUCUGGCAAUAAAAGAAUUGGAGAACAUUCAUUUGAUCAGACUUUAACACACAUGAAUAGGGCAUUGGCCCUUAACUGUGAUGCCCCUCUGGAUGACAAAAAUGGAGCAGAGUCUAAGAACUGGAGAGCUGGUAAGCCCGUCAGAGUAGUACGCAGUUCAAAAGGGCGGCGGAUCAGCAAAUAUGCCCCAGAGGAAGGCAACAGAUAUGAUGGCAUUUACAAGGUGGUGAAAUAUUGGCCAGAAAUUGGAAAAUGUGGAUUUUUAGUUUGGCGCUAUCUUCUGAGGAGAGAUGACGUUGAGCCUGCACCUUGGACUUCAGAAGGCAUGGAGCGGUCAAAGAAACUGGGUCUGAGUGUACAGUAUCCAGAAGGUUAUUUGGAAGCCAUGGCUAGUAAAGAGAAGAAAGAUAAGGUUAAAAAGCAAACUGUGAAACAGGAGCCAACCAGCCAGAGUAAUGGAAACCAGAAAAGGACAAUUGAUGAUGCAGGUAUAGAGGAACCUACGAAUACACCCAAAUCCAUGAGGAUGGGAGAUGGAGGGAAAGGAGAGGCUUUCCAGUUGACCCAAGAGCAGCAAUGGCUGAUUAGAGAAGACUGUAUGAACCAGAAACUGUGGGAUGAAGUACUUGCUUCUCUUAAGGAAGGACCAAAUUUUCUGAAGAAACUGGAACAAUCCUUUAUGUGUGUCUGCUGCCAGGAGCUGGUUUACCAGCCAGUGACAACAGAGUGCCUCCACAACGUCUGUAAAAGUUGUUUACAGCGCUCCUUUAGAGCUGAAGUCUUCACCUGCCCUGCCUGCCGCUAUGACCUGGGAAAGGGCUACACAAUGGUUCCCAACAAGAUACUGCAGACACUAUUGGACCAGUUCUUCCCUGGUUACAGUAAAGGACGAUGAUGUGCUCAGAUCCUUCCAUACUUCUCCCAGUGACUUUAUAGACAGUAAAGGAGAAUAAACAUGGGAAAUUCAACAGUGGACCAGCCAGCUUGAUGGGACUCAAUAUAUUGUCACAUUUUGAAGCAGCUAACCCUCUUCCCCUCAUAGCCAUCUUUUGGGUGUAGUGAGAACUCUCAUUCUCAGCUGUCUUUUAACAUCAGGGGUAGUUUUGGCCAGUCAACAAUUAUAGUUUGUAAAGGAAAAAAAAAAACACAAAACCAAACAACCAGAAAAGUCUCAGCUCCUACUGGCCUAGCUGAUGCUUAAUUCAUGAUUUGGUUUUUGUCUAACUACCUCAGGACAGAGGAAAAUAAAUUGUGGGGAUUACAAGUUAGUGAAGUUCUAGCUACACACUGCCUCCUGAAUAUUAGUUGUGCCUGGUCCAUGUGGUUUGAUCUACAAAAAAAAAAUAACCCAAACCAAAAAAAAACCUGCAAAAAAACCAGAAACAGCACUUAAGCCAGUGGGAUUAAAGAACAGCAAAUUCUGUGGUGUGCAUAAUCCUUUUUUUGUCUUUUUCUUCCAUUAUGCUGUAUUUUUUUGCAAGAACAGGCUGAUUUUUAGUCUAUUUUUGUGAGCUUCAUUGUGCUUUUCUUGUAUCUUAUGCAAGUUGACUACUAAUGACUAAUGAGAACAAUAUGAAUGAAUUGUUGCUGCAUUAGUGUAAAGUGAUCUGUGUUUUUUGCACUGAAAGAGGGUAUUCAAGACACUCUAGUUGUGUAAAAAAUAUUUCAUAUAAAAAGCCACUUCUGUAUUAGUUAAACUGUAUGCUUUUAGUAGGUCUUGUAUCAGUGGCAAUACAUCUACACAGCAUUGAAGGCAGUGCUAGCUUGGAGAGGGUUCAAAUCGCUUCAUAUUGUGAUCUGAAAUUUUAUAUACAAUAUAUCCCCCCCAAAAUAUACCUUAUUAAAUAUUUUAUGAUUCAGAAAAGUUGCUAAUCUUGUUUUUACUAUUUUAUGCUUAUUUAAAUAGUAACAGUUUAAUAGAAAUUGUUUUCAGACUACUAAAUGCUUUCAUUAGGUGGGCUUCUUAUUUUUCAACAGGAGGCUCUAUAUUCCUUAACUCAUUUCUUAAUGAAAAACCGUUGUUAAUUAAGACUUUAAAAAAACAACCUGACCUCAAUAUCCAUGGGCUCCACGUACCCUGUAGCAGCAGUGUCGUGUAGGUUCGGUGGUUUCUACUGAGUGCUCAGAAGCAGCUUUUUAGUGCUCAAUCCAUGUGCAAAUGGGAGGGAGCCCUGCCGGCCCUGGCUAUGCUUGGUGCCAGAGCAGCUCUGUGCAGCUGAGAGCUGUGGGUGCGCUGCACAGCCAUCAGUCAGACUCCCACUGUAAGCAUGGGUCUGCACUGACAGCCUGUAGCAAAGUAGGCAUGUAUUUAGUGUAUAGAUGUAUAUAUGCCAUUUUCAGUAACUGAAGAUCUUGCCCUUACCUUGGUGUGGUAAUGAAAUUGUCAUUGACAUGCACAUGGCAGUGCUCCUUUUUGAGGCUGAAAGUUACUUAAUGGCUUAUACGCUUCAUCCGAAACAAUGAACUUCUCCCUCUUCCAUUCUACUCAAGAUUUCAGCUGCAUCCAAAAUACAUGCUUGUCCAAUUUCUCUAGUCAUGUAUGGAAAAAAAAAGGUGUUUCUGAACAGUUUUGAAAGAUUUUACUCCUCAGCUUGUUCUGUGUUUACUAGAAUGAGGGCUCAGUCUUUGUUAAGCAGGUGAACUGGGAUUAGUGUUGAGCAUACAGUUUGAAAGAGCUUUAGAGAGAUUCUUACAUUCUGCUGAACUUCUAUGUUUUAUAAAAUGGUAGCUCAGUAUUUUACAGGAAUUAUAAUUUUACCUUUGUUAUAAACAUUGCUUCUGUGCAAUAAGCACGUUAAGACUUGUGGUUUUAGUCACUAGCUUCGUGUCACUUCAGAGAAAGCUCCCAGGAAUGAGUGUACAUGUAGACCUUCCAGAAGAGGUCAAGUACUCACUGGUUCUAAGGUGCAAAACUGUGCAGUCCUUUCCCCAGGCCGAGUACCUGCUUCCUCAUUCACCAAAACCCUGCUUCGUGACGAGUCUGUCUUUACAGAGGCACUCACUUCCACCAAACACAAAUGCAUCUCCACAAACCCAUUCUCAGGUUCCUUUACAAUGCAGUCCUAACAUAUCACUGUAACUGGUUAGAGGAUUAGUUUUAUAUAAAUUUGAGUGGGAACAGGUUAGAAGAGGCUGUUUAAGGUCUGCAUUCUGGCUACUACGAAAUUGAAUGUGGCAUUGCAUGUAGCAGUAGGGCUCUGGUCUCACGCUGCUGUCAGUAUUCUUGGAGGGCCAGACCUAAAGCUGAGAAACAGUUUUCACACAACCUGUAGACUUGCGUGACAAAGCAAGGCAAGCAGAGUGCACUGUAUAAACUAAAGCCAGUAUCCAGAAAUCUGAGAUCUGAGAAACUGUAGACAGAGAAUACUUUGUUAGACAAGACCUGACUCAUACUAAGCAGUUCAAAGUCUGUUUGAAGAGGUGUUUUGUGCC